AUGAAUGAAUUUAAUUUAUCGUCAACAACAUUAGAUGAAAUACAAAAUCAUGAUGAUUUUAGAGUGGUUUGGUAUUCUGCGGACAAUCAUAUUUCCAGUGAAUUAACAUAUUUUGCUCAUUAUCUUGAGAAAUGUGAUUCAAUCGAUACGUGUAAAAAUUAUAUCAGAGAAAUCAAAAGUGAACGUAAAAUUCUUCUUGUUUUAAUCAAUUUGUUUAAACAUGUUGCCGAAUUUGUUGGUGACAUACAACGAAUUCGUCUCGAGUAUGAAAGUUCUCUAACAUAUGAACUAAACUGUUUGUUAAUGCGUGAAAAAGUUCUACCGUCCAAUCAUCAAGAUAUUGGCAAAAGUUUAAAUAAUAUAGGUUUAUGUUAUGAACAUCUUAAUGAACGUAAAUUGGCACUUGAUUAUUAUGGACGAGGAUUAGCUGUUUAUGAACAAUGUUUAUCAGCCACGGAUGAUCGAUGGACUAUACCAUGCAAAAUUGAGAAACUUUCUGUAGAAAUGAAUCAAUUCAAUAUUUAA